CUUGAACCUGUCAGACAGGUUUUCUCCUGAGUUGCAUCUCUGCCACCAGGAAGUUGGUGCCUUUCUUUCACAGCGAUUCUAUCAUAAGGUAGCUUCACUUCCGACAGGACUCAUCUCCCGAGCGUCGUGCCAGGAUCACAGCCUCCGUGGAACCUCCGAGCCUGAAGCCCGCGAAGAGGCUUGGGAAAGGGAUGGCUCUGCGCCUGGUGCUGGCUGUGUCCUUCCUUAGCCUGCAGCAUGCUGCCUCUCAGAACUGCACAGCCGACCAGCUUCGCUUCCAGACAGUGUUCGAAAGUGGCUUCAGCAGGCUGAGCGGCGAGGCCGGCUCCAUCGAGCCCCUGUACAAUAUGGUGAACCGUUACCUGGAUGUGGUGCAGCCCAAUCCCUUCCCCAAAGAUAUUAUUCUGGGGCUAGCGAAGGAUCGGUCCGUUGAGCCUCUUAAGGUUGUGAGAUAUGAGGCUGGCUACCUCGUCUCCUUCAUUAUCGGCGUGCUCUUCUUCAUCCUCAUGCCCCUGGUGGGGCUUUUCUUCUGCUGCUGUCGGUGCUGCAACAAGUGCGGGGGGCAGCUGAAGGAACGCACAGAGAAGACGGACUGCCAGCGCAACACCCUUGCUCUAUUUUUGCUGGUGACAACUCUCAUUAUAUUGGCAGGGGUCGCCUGCGCCUUCACAGCCAAUCAGAAGGUGACGGAUGCAAUGAACUCAAGCGAGAGUGGUAUUAAUACCUUGAUUGCAAAUGUGAUCUCGUACGCCGAUAAUAUUGUGAAGGCUGUACCUAAGAUUGCUGAGCAGUUUUCAGUCCCAAAGGAGAGGACGCUCGCUGAACUUGACAGAAUAAACAGAACACUUGGGCUUACGAUCAAGGACGCACUGGCCCCAACCAUUAUCCCCGUGCUGGUGAUGCUCAGAGAAAGGAUACAAGAGUUCAACGAUAUUGUGGCCCAACUGGUGACGAUCAACUCCACCCAAGCCUCGCUGCAGGAGACACAGCGACAGCUGGUGAAAAACCUGACCGAUCUCCGAGAUGAAAUCAUCACUAUACUGGACACUUCCAGUUGUAUCAGCUGUGACACAGUCAGACCAGCCAUUGAGAACCUGAAGCUCAAUAUCAGUUACAUCGAGCCUACUGGAUUUCAGAAUGUGCUCACCGUGAUCACCAGCAUCUCACAAGAAAAGCUGAGGUCUUCUCUGCAACAGGGGAACCGCUCGUUUAAUGAAAUUCCUGUCAGGGUGAACCGUGAAACUUCGCAGACUAUCGCAGACAUCAAGGUAACGAUACAGAAAAUCGAAAAGGACAUCUUGUCCAUUGCUGACAAGGUCAAGAUCACGGAGUCCCUCCAAAGGCUGACCGAUUCUCUCAACUCCUCACAAGUGACAGCCACCACCAGUUCAGUGAAGGAGUAUGAUUACUACAGGUGGAUUGUAGGCAUCGUACUGUGCUGCAUCAUUCUCUUAAUCAUCGCCUGCAGCAUGCUGGGACUGGGGUUAGGCACGGUGGGAAUCGCAGCCAGAAGUGACCCGUACGGUGCCAAUGGAUGCUCCCAAUCUGGAGCCAACUUCCUGAUGGCGGGUGUUGGCUUCAGUUUUAUUUUCUCCUGGUUGCUCAUUCUGCUGGUGUUUGUCACAUUUUUCGUGGGAGGCAAUGUUCGGACAUUUGCCUGUAAACCGUGGGAAACUGGAGAGAUCUAUAAGGCUCUCGACACUCUUGCAGCCGACCUUGACUUUUUCAACCUCUCGAAGACCCUCAAUGUGGAAGUCAAUAUCUCCGAGCUCCUUAGGCGCUGUGAAAAGAACGAGUCAUUGUUUGGCCUCCUACCAGAGAACCAGAUGGCAGAGUUGAAUAAUUUCCUUAACCUGAGCACCUACACAGGAGAUCUAGAGAAGAAUGUGGAGCAACUGAAUGUGAAUUUAGACAGCAUCGUUUUACUGGACAGCGCUGGAAAUAGUAGUCUGUUGGCGUUUGCCAACAGCGGGAUUAGUGGUCUCAACUACAGCGAACUCAUUCAGCAGGUACAACAACCGAUUCUGAACACAAGCCUUCUGGAGCUGGCCGACGCUCUGGGAAAUCUGAGCUCCAUAGAGAAGGACUCUGAAAUUAAAGUUGCUUUAAAUCAUCACGCUAUGAAACUGCGAGAACUACAGAACCUGUCAGUGAGCAAGAUGCAGCAGGAUCUGGCACAGCUCAAUACAAGUUUCCACUAUCUGGCAUCACUUGCCCCCACAGUAGAGAAUGAAAUUCAGAACACCAUCCAGUUCAUUAAGGCAGCUCAGAACAGGGUUCGGUCCACUACCCUCAUGGUUGUGAGAAAUGUUAGCCAGUGUCUGAUCACUAAGGAACUUGGAUAUUUUGGCCAGUACCUAGACUGGGUGCAGAAAACAAUUAUUGAUGAGUUGCUGUCUUGCCAACCAGCCGUGAUCCUUCUCCACAACAGCCGUGUCAUCCUCUGUGAAUACAUCACUGAUCCUUGGAAUGCCUUUUGGUUUUGCCUGGGCUGGUGCACCCUGUUUCUCAUCCCCAGCAUCAUCUUUGCAGUGAAGACAGCAAAGCACUACCGACCCAUGAGGAACAAAGCCAACAGCCCUGAGUUUUCAGAAAUGACCAACUUUAAAUUUCCACGGGUUCAAAACACCUAUGGUCCCCCAGCUCCUCACCUGUAUGCAGAUCUAGCUCACUGACACACCGGUAGUCCAGGAACCUCAACAAAAGCCUUCCUGAUCAUUCUCCGCUCUUGGAAUACAUUAAUCUCCCCGACUGAACUCCAUCAGUGCAAAUCACUGGGAAAUGCGUUGAACGUAGAUUGUUACUUGCUUUUCUGUCUAAAAUGGAUCGGGUGCCACAGUUACUCUUGUCUACUGAUACUUGAAACCUGGGGUUCUGUUAACGAACAGGCAGUGGUUUGCCAGUCAAGGCUCCACUGCUGUGUACUGCUUAGAUCUACUGAUACCCAGCGAUUGGUAUUGACUGUGUUGGAGUUCUGUUUGAUUCACGUUCGUUAGUGCCAUGCUUUGUGGGUUUCAUUGUUAGAUGGGUGUAACUGUCACAGUCCUAGGUCUCCACUGACGCUUGGGAACCCCAGAUUCCUUCUGAUAUUGAGGAAUUACUAUCACAGCCCUAGGUUCCAACUGAUAUUUGGGAAUUCCUGCCAGAUUUCCAGUGAUACUGUCAAAUUCUGCCAGAUUUCCAGUGAUACUCAGGAAUUCCUGUCAGAUUCCCAGUGACAUUCAGGAAUUCCUGCCAGAUUCCCAGUGAUACUCAGGAAUUCCUGCCAGAUUCCCAGUGACACUCAGGAAUUCCUGCCAGAUUCCCAGUGACACGCAGGAAUUCCUGUCAGAUUCCCAGUGACACUCAGGAAUUCCUGCCAGAUUCCCAGUGACACUCAGGAAUUCUUGUCGGAGUUCCAGUGAUAUUCAAGAAUUCCUGUCAGAUUCCCAGUGAUAAUCAGGAAUUUCUGCCAGAUUUCCAGUGAUACUCAUUAAUUUCUGCCAGAGUCCCAGUGAUACUCAGGAAUUUCUGCCAGAGUCCCAAUGAUACUCAGGAAUUCCUGCCAGAUUCCCAGUGGUACUCAGGAAUUCCUGUCAGAUUCCCAGUGAUAAUCAGGAAUUUCUGCCAGAUUACCAGUGAUACUCAUUAAUUUCUGCCAGAGUCCCAGUGAUACUCAGGAAUUUCUGCCAGAGUCCCAAUGAUACUCAGGAAUUCCUGCCAGAUUCCCAGUGGUACUCAGGAAUUCCUGCCAGAUUCCCAGUGAUACUCAGGAAUUCCUGCCAGAUUCCCAGUGGUACUCAGGAAUUCCCGUCAGAUUGCCAGUGAUACUCAGAAAUUCCCGUCAGAUUGCCAGCGAUACUCAGGAAUUCCCACCAGAUUCCUAGUGAUACUCAGGAAUUCCUGCCUGAUUCUCAGUGAUACUGAGGAACUCCUGUCAGAUUUCCAGUGAUACUCAUUGAUUCCUGCCAGAAUCCCAGUGAUACUCAGGAAUUCCUGCCAGAUUUCCAGUGAUACUCAGGAAUUCCUGUCAGAUUCCCAGUGGUACUCAGGAAUUCCUGUCAGAUUCCCAGUGACAAUCAGGAAUUCCCGCCAGAUUGUUAGUGAUACUCAGGAAUUUCCGUCAGAUUCCCAGUGAUACUCAGGAAUUCCUGCCAAAUUUCCAGUGAGACUUGAAUUCCUGCCAGAUUCCCAGUGACACUCAGGAAUUCCUGCCAGAUUGUCAGUGAUACUCAGGAAUUCCCAUCAGAUUCCCAGUAAUACACAGGAAUUCCUGCCUGACCGCCGAUGAUACACAGGAAUUCCUGCCUGACUGCCGAUGAUACACAGGAAUUCCUUUCAGAUCGCUGAUGAUACACAAGAAUUCCUGUCAGAUUCCCAGUGAUACUUAGGAAUUCCUGCCAGAUUCCCAGUGACACUUACGAAUUCCUGCCAGAUUCCCAGUGAAACUCAGGAAUUCCUGCUGGGUUUCCAGUGAUACUCAAGAAUUCCUGUCAGAUUGCCAGUGAUAAUCAGGAAUUUCUGCCAGAUUUCCAGUGAUACUCAUUAAUUUCUGCCAGAGUCCCAGUGAUACUCAGGAAUUUCUGCCAGAGUCCCAGUGAUACUCAGGAAUUUCUGCCAGAGUCCCAAUGAUACUCAGGAACUCCUGCCAGAUUCCCAGUGAUACUCAGGAAUUCCUGCCGGGUUUCCAGUGAUCCUCAAGAAAUCCUGUCAGAUUCCCAGUGAUACUCAGGAAUUCUGGCCAGAUUUCCAGUGAUACUCAUUAAUUCCUGCCAAACUCCCAGUGAUAGUUAGGAAUUUUUGCCAGAUUUCCAGUGAUACUCAGGAAUUCCUGUCAGAUUCCCAGUGACAAUCAGGAAUUCCUGCCAGAUUGUUAGUGAUACUCAGGAAUUUCCGUCAGAUUCCCAGUGAUACUCAGGAAUUCCUGCCAAAUUUCCAGUGAGACUUGAAUUCCUGCCAGAUUCCCAGUGACACUCAGGAAUUCCUGCCAGAUUGUCAGUGAUACUCAGGAAUUCCCAUCAGAUUCCCAGUAAUACACAGGAAUUCCUGCCUGACCGCCGAUGAUACACAGGAAUUCCUUUCGGAUCGCUGAUGAUACACAAGAAUUCCUGUCAGAUUCCCAGUGAUACUUAGGAAUUCCUGCCAGAUUCCCAGUGACACUCACGAAUUCCUGCCAGAUUCCCAGUGAAACUCAGGAAUUCCUGCCAGAUUCCCAGUGACACUCACGAAUUCCUGCCAGAUUCCCAGUGAUACUCAGGAAUUCCUGCCAGAUUCCCAGUGACACUCACGAAUUCCUGCCAGAUUCCCAGUGAUACUCAGGAAUUUCUGCCAUAUUUCCAGUGACACUCAAGAAUUUCUGCCAGAUUCUCCUUGACACUCAGGAAUUCCUGUCAGAUUCCCAGGGAUACUCAGGAAUUCCCGUCAGAUCGACAAUGAUAUGCAGGAAUUCCCGUUAGAUUGCCAAUGAUACUUAGGAAUUCCCGUCAGAUUCGCAGUGACACUUAGGAAUUCCCACCAGAUUCCCAGUGAUACACAGGAAUUCCUGCCGGGUUUCCAGUGAUACUCAGGAAUUCCUGCCAGAUCGCCGAUGAUACACAAGAAUUCCUGUCAGAUUGCCAGCGAUACUCAGGAAUUCCUGCCAGAUUCCCACUGAUACUUAGGAAUUCCCACCAGAUUCCCGGUGACACUCAGGAAUUCUGGCCAGAUUCCCAGUGACACUCAGGAAUUCGUGCCAGAUUCCCAGUGACACUCAGGAAUUCCUGUCAGAUUCCCAGUGAUACUCAUUAAUUCCUGUCAGAUUCCCAGUAAUACUCAGGAAUUUCUGCCAGAAUUCCAGUGAUACUCAUUAAUUGCUGCCAGAUUCCCAGUGAUACUUAGGAAUUUUUUGCCAGAUUUCCAGUGAUACUCAGGAAUUGCUGUCAGAUUUCCAGAAACAUUCAGGAAUUCCUGCCAGAUUCCCAGUGACACUCAGGAAUUUCUGUCAGAUUCCCAGUGAUACUCAGGAAUUCCUGCCAGAUUGCUGAUGAUAUGCAGGAAUUCCCGUCAAUUGCCAGUGAUACUCAGGAAUUCCCGGCAGAUUGCCAGUGACACUCAAGAAUUCCUGCCAGAUUCCCAGUGAUACUCAGGAAUUCCUGCCAGAUUCCCAGAACUCCAGUGAUACCCUGGAAUUUGUGCCAGAGUAUCAGAUUCCCAUCAAUAUUUGGGAAUUCCUGCCAGAUUCCCGUUGGUAUUCGGAAUUAUUGGCAGAGUACUAGAUUCCCGUUGAUCCUCGGGAAUUGCUGCUAGAGUCCCAGAUUCACGUCGAUACCUGGGAAUUACUGCUAGAUUCCCAUAGCUACUCAGGAAUUGCUGCUAGAUAGCCGUUGGUAUUUGGGAAUUGCUGCCCGAUUCCCACUGAUUUUCAGGAUUUACAGCCGGAUUCCCUCGGACAUUCGGGAUUUACAGCUAGAGUGCCAGAGAAACCCUGGAAUGAACGUCACAGUGAUUGUAUUUAGAUUUUAAGUUAUGCUGAUGCUAUUUUUGACAUGAAACAAAACCAGUUCUUGCCUCCACGUUCCUCGUGGGAAAAAUGUUUGGCAGGGCUGCAGUCUCCGGGAGCGUGUCAGGUGGGAAACCAUGCUCAUACCAAAAUAACCUUUUUUUUUUAAUGGGACGAGAGCGUCAUUGACAAGACCAGCAUUUGUUGCCCAACCCUAAUUGCCCCUUGAACUGAGUGACUUGCUGGGGCCAUUUCGGAGGGCAGUUAAGAGUUAACCACAAUGCUGUGGGUUUGGAGUCACAUUGCAGGCCAUGUGGGUACGGAGUCACAUGGUUAAGGACGGCAGAUUUCCUUCUCUAAAGGGCAUUAGUGAACCAGGUGGAUUUUUACAACAAUCGACAAUGGUUUCAUGGUCACCAUAACUGAGACUGACUUUCAAUUCUGGAAACUCCAAUAUUCCAGAAAAAUUCCAAACCCAUGACCACUACCAUCGAGCAGACACAUGGGAACACCACCGCCUGGAAGUUCCCCUCCAAGUCACUCACCAUCCUGACUUGGAAAUAUAUCGCCGAUCCUUCACUGUCGCUGGGUCA